UGAUGUCAUGUCCUUUGUGCCGAGAUGCCUUCCUUCCUUGGGUUAAGGUGUCUGGGGAAAUUGUGCAGCUCUGAGAAAGGCAAAGUUCCCUCACCAGAGAGAGCCAGCCUCAGGGGCUCACACAGAAGGAGACUGGUCAUCGAGGACCCGAGUGUCCCUGAGACUCCUCACUCUGCUCAUCACAGGCUUGGCACAGUCAUGCAUCUGUUCUAUCUGUAUUCUGCUGACUGUGGCCCACCUGAGCUCAGGUUUAGCAGCUGUUAUCCAUCGGUGGCCCAUCCUCAAGACCCUCACCACUCGUCGGAGAAGCCUGUCAUUCACUGCCAUAAAUGUGGGGAGCCAUGCAAGGGCGAAGUGCUUCGGGUCCAGACCAAGCAUUUCCAUAUCAAAUGUUUCACCUGCAAAGUGUGCGGCUGCGACCUGGCCCAGGGAGGCUUCUUUAUAAAGAACGGGGACUAUCUGUGUACCCUGGACUACCAGAGGAUGUACGGGACACGGUGCCACGGCUGUGGGGAGUUCGUGGAGGGCGAGGUGGUAACUGCCCUGGGCAAGACCUACCACCCCAACUGCUUUGCCUGCACCAUCUGCAAGCGCCCGUUUCCACCCGGAGACCGAGUCACAUUCAAUGGGAGAGACUGCCUUUGUCAGCUCUGUGCACAGCCGAUAUCUUCCAGCCCUAAAGAAGCCACCUGCUCCAGCAACUGUGCCGGCUGUGGAAGGGACAUUAAGAACGGGCAGGCACUGCUAGCUCUGGACAAGCAGUGGCAUUUGGGCUGCUUCAAGUGCAAGUCCUGCGGGAAGGUCCUCACCGGAGAGUACAUCAGCAAGGAUGACUUCCCAUACUGUGAGAAAGACUACCAGGGGCUCUUUGGGGUGAAGUGUGAAGCCUGUCACCAGUUUAUCACAGGAAAAGUCCUGGAGGCAGGUGACAAGCAUUAUCAUCCCAGCUGUGCACGAUGCAGCAGAUGCAACCAGAUGUUCACAGAAGGGGAAGAAAUGUAUCUGCAAGGUUCUACCGUGUGGCAUCCCGACUGUAAGCAGUCCACCAAGACAGAGGAGAAGCUGCGGCCACCAAAUAUUCUGCGUUCUUCAUCCGAUUUCUUUUAUCCCAAAAGUCUGAUUCGUCGCACAGGACGGUCCCCAGCUCUACAGCUUCCAUCACCACCCUGUCUGAACUCCAACAAAACCCCCAGGCAGCCCACCAGGACCUCCUCUGAAAGCAUCUAUUCUAGACCAGGUUCCAGCAUCCCUGGCUCACCUGGGCAUACCAUCUAUGCAAAAGUAGACAAUGAAAUCCUGGAUUACAAGGAUUUAGCAGCUAUCCCCAAGGUCAAGGCGAUCUAUGACAUCGAGCGCCCAGAUCUCAUUACCUACGAGCCUUUCUACUCAUCAGGCUAUGAGGACAAGCAGGAGAGGCAGAGCCUCGGAGAGUCCCCAAGGACUUUGUCUCCAACUCCAUCUGCAGAAGGGUAUCAGGAUGUCCGGGAUCGGAUGAUCCACAGGUCCACCAGCCAGGGCUCCAUCAACUCCCCUGUGUACAGCCGGCACAGUUACACUCCAACUACAUCACGCUCGCCCCAGCACUUCCACCGACCUGAGCUCUUGUCUCCUGGUGUGCACAGGUGGUCCCCCCUGCGCACCAGCAGCUUCAGCUCCACCCACAACGACUCCCGUCCCAACCCCCCCUUCCGACACCACUUCCUCCCCCAUGUCAAAGGCAAUGAGCCGUCCAGCGGCCGGAACUCCCCUCUCCCCUACCGGCCCGACAGCCGCCCUCUAACUCCAACUUACGCUCAGGCCCCUAAACAUUUCCAUGUUCCAGAUCAAGGGAUCAACAUUUACCGAAAACCACCCAUCUACAAACAGCAUGCUGCCUUGGCAGCCCAGAGCAAGGCCUCAGAAGAUAUCAUCAAGUUUUCCAAGUUCCCAGCAGCCCAGGCGCCAGAUCCCAACGAGAUACCAAAGAUUGAGACGGACCACUGGCCGGGUCCCUCCUCACUUGCCGCCGUAGGAACUGACCCGAGACGCAGAUCUAGUGGCAGAGAGGAAGACGAGGAGGAGCUUCUGAGACGCCGGCAGCUUCAAGAAGAACAGUUGAUGAAGCUCAACUCAGGCCUGGGGCAGCUGAUACUGAAGGAAGAGAUGGAGAAGGAGAGCAGAGAGAGAGCGUCCCUGCUGGCCAGUCGCUAUGACUCUCCCCUCCACUCAGCUUCACAUGCUCCAUCAUCUAAAACUGCAUCUCUCCCUGGUUAUGGAAAGAAUGGCCUUCACCGGCCAGUUUCCACAGACUUCGCCCAGUACAACAGCUACGGAGACAUCAGUGGUGGAGUUCGAGACUACCAGACCCUCCCAGAUGGCCACAUGCCUGCAGUGAGAAUGGACCGAGGAGUCUCCAUGCCCAACAUGUUGGAACCAAAGAUAUUCCCAUAUGAAAUGCUCAUGGUGACCAACAGAGGGCGCAACAAAAUCCUGAGAGAUGUGGAUAGAACCCGGCUGGAGCGCCACUUAGCCCCAGAAGUAUUUUGGGAAAUCUUUGGGAUGUCCAUACAGGAAUUUGACAAGUUACCUCUUUGGAGACGCAACGACAUGAAGAAAAAAGCUAAACUCUUCUAAGUCCCUCAAGUAAAUGACAAUCAGGAAAAGGACUCUCAGUGGCAGCGGUGCCUAGAACAUUGUACUAAGGCCCAGAAUUGAUCAGAGAAUUCAUUCACCACAGUCUCCCAGCAGCAACACCGAGCGAGGGCAAGUCUGAUCUUAGCACCCGUGAGCCACGUCCUGGGCCAAGCAACAGUAACCAAGUAACGACGGAGUAGAAUUUCUGUGUUCCCAAAUUCAGCAGUAAUGUCCACAUGUGUCCUUUUCACGACUCUGUGGGGCUUCUUCCUCCCUUUACUCUCCCCUUUAGCCCACGUCUAACUUAGUGCUGCCCAUGUUGGUAAGAGUCAGCAAGUGCCCUUAGGAGGCCACAGGGAAGGGGAUUCUGGGAGUCCUGAAGUGUGAAUCUAUUUAUUAUGUAGCACUGUGGCUGAGAAAAAAAUCCAGGGGAUCUGGUAGCAGCAACUUUGCCUGUCUUUGGCAGCCUCCUUCAGCUCUGCCUGGGCUCUGAGGGAAAUGGAAGUCUGUCAGAGAACAGGUAGUUCUAAGCGCGUGGCUGAGUACCAGCAAAAAUGAUUUAAGUGAGCUCCUGUUCUCCUCCUGUGUGCUGAGACCUGGCUGGCCAACUGCUAGAGAGAAAAACAAAGAAAAAGGGAAAAAGGAAUGAAGGAACCCUCCCUCCCUGAAAGCCUUUUCUGCUUCUGAGGCUGUGCUCAGCCCUUCUCCCCCUAUAAAUUGAUAGGAACUAGCAUGUCCACCUUUCCAAAGAAAGAAAAGGCACAAAGAGUUUUCAGAUUGGUCCAGCUGCUGAUAGAUGAUUUUUGCCCACGAAUCAGGCGUAUCUUAGAAAACUCUGUGCCCUGCCACAUCACAAGAUCUCCUCCUCAGUGUCUUGUCAUCUCUCUGGCAUCCGAUGGGUCAGGUCAAGCCCGUGUUGGUUUUGUGUUUUAAGGGCAGAGACUAAGGGAACACAUGUUUUUCUGAAGUAGAUUGCUUUCACUCAGCCUGAUUGACAAGUACACGUGUGUUCAAGUCUGUGUGUAACUCACCCAGGGCAGAUCUGUAAGUCUAUAUGUGCUUUGUAAUCUCUGCUUAUGUUGAUCAUACUGUGUUGUGACUUUGAAGGUCAUUGGCACAAGAGCAUGUGACCCAGAGAUGGAGAGUAAGGCUCAGGAAGGGUGCUUAGAGACCAGCCUAUUCUCUGAGCCAUCGAGACUCAGGUUGGGUUCAGGCCAGGCUAGUUUAAGGCUCAGAACAUCUCACCAGAGCCCUUCCAUACUCUGGGAAUCUCAGUGUGAACUGGAACACAGUUCUUUCACUAAAAUGUAUGAAUAAGGACACAUCUGUGAGUUGGAUUAGGGUCUCCAGAGCCUCAGGAAAGAAGUUAGAUCACAUUGAUUCUCCUGCUGUGGGGCUCUCCUUAGGAAGUUAUGCUCUGGCCAAACGGGAAAGCACUUGAAUCCAUCUGCAAUGACCACCCUGCAUGAAAUACAGAAAUCCCUUCUGAAGGAUUAAAGCGACUAGCUGACUAGCCAUCUGCCACACCUGCAGUAAAGAUGGAGCAACACAGAUUCACAGCCCAUGAUUCAAAGCGUGUGUGGAUCUUAGUACACUCAGCAAGAGGGCUGGACCGAUGGCCUAGGUAGCGGGUCCCACACCUCCUGGGGAGACAGACUGAAAAACUGGGUUCCCUGCACGUCUCUGGCUUCUUCCCGUGUUCUCAUUGUUUAGUUCCAGCUGCCCUGCUCAUCACUGGCUGCCUCAGCACCAGGCCUGUAUCACGUGGUUCCCACAUUACCCUGGCAGCCUACAGGAUGUAAGAUGUAUUUACAGUGUUCCCAGUCAGCAGAUAUGGUGGUCUGGUAGGAGACUUUAUUUCUCCAGUAUGGAGAUGAUGCUUCACCAUGCUUCUUACUAGCUAAUGCUACUACUCACAAUGAUGCAGAUGAGAAAAACCAAGGUAUUCAGGAAACAGGGGUGAUUGCUAAGGCUCUGCACCUGCUCUCCAUAAGGUUAUGGUGGCUCUGUCCUGACCUAGGAAAGUUCAGCUGCAGGGAAAGGGGAGACAGUCUUCCUCUUUAAGUUACGGAGAGCCUCGAGUUAAAGGACCUGCCUAGGAUUGCAAUAAUUGAGGAACUGAACUCUUAAUUUCUUGCAAUAAUGAAACCCUGCCUCCUUGACUGUUUUGAACUCAGUUCUCCAUCUAAAUUGGAAAAAAAAUGUAGUUGAUAUCGGCAUAGUAGUCUGUUUAAAUUGUAUCAAGCAACAAAGGUAUCACUGGAUAACACCAGUAAGAACCCUGGCUGCUCUGGGAAAGGAAAGCUGGACAGUGUCAUGUCAGGAGCGUGUAGCUCCAUUGCCUUGCAGAAGAUUCCAGCCAGGAGGAUGUGUUGAGGAUGAUCUGGUUCUAACUGCCAGGCACAAUGUCUGUGAUAUUAAUGGCUCCACGUGAUCGACCACAGCAUGGGAGAGCGAUGUUCUUCACUCGACCCCACCCUGCUGGGCACAGGAAAAUUUCAAAUUCUAAAAAAAUCAAAGUGCUCUACUUGGCCUGGGGGAGGAUCCUAUGUAGGGCGGACUUGGUGCGUAUAUUAAGGGCUAUAUUUUAGAAAAAUUUUGACUUACUUGGGACUUGAUACAGAUUGCACGGCCUAAAAGAGGCUUCUGUGGCCACCUGGGAGUCUCAGUGUUUUCUUCAAAACUUCUCCAAGACAGUCCAGGCUCUCCCGUUGUCUUCCUGUGCAACCUAUCAGAGAUAUGAAAAGCCUUUGAAAACAGCCAGCUCUGCAUUUUCAUACUGGUGUAGAGUUUGUUUAUGAAAUAUUUUUACUAUGACUCCUAUAACAACUAAAUAUGAACUGCCUGUUCUUUAAACCUCAAAGAGAAAAAAAAAAAAACUGGAGUU